AGGCGAGUAUCCACUCUCCACUUUGCCCACAGUCAAAUCCAAACGCACCGAAAAUCCAAGGAAACUUUUCUGGCCGAACAGAGUCAUCAAUUCUCAAAUCUUCAACCUCUUAACACCGAACUUCCCACAGAACUCGAAGGCUCAGUCUCCGCCCAAAAUCGCGGUUAAAUCGAUUGAUUUCUCGUGUUCUUCUCAUCUCUCGUAAGUCUAUUCUCUUGAAACAUUCGCAUAUCAUUGUCGAAAUAUUUAACGUCGCCGAAUUACCGUACUCGCUCACCCCGCGGUCACCCCUCAUCGCAAAAAUCAAUUCGCAUAAGAAAAGGACCUGUGCUAACAAAGGGUUGCGCGCAGAACAAAUCAGAAAAAAUGAAGCACCUCGCAGCUUACCUCCUCCUCGGCCUUGGUGGCAACACCUCGCCUUCUGCUUCCGACGUUAAGGAAGUCCUCGAGUCCGUCGGUAUCGAGGCCGACAGCGAGCGCCUAGAGAAGCUCCUCUCCGAGCUAGAGGGCAAGGACAUCAACGAGUUGAUCUCCGAGGGUUCCAGCAAGCUUGCCUCCGUUCCCUCUGGCGGUGCUGGCGGUGCUGCCUCUGGUGGCGCUGCCGCUGCCGGUGGUGCUGCCGCCGCCGAGGAGAAGGCCGAAGAGAAGGAAGAGGAGAAGGAAGAGUCCGACGAGGACAUGGGCUUCGGUCUGUUCGACUAAGCGGAUAUCGUACAUGGUUGCGACAACGAAGUCAUGCGUUUUCGGGGAGGUGGCACGGAAAUGGGCAGUGGUCUUGCAUGGUAUUCGGCGUGGAAGGGUCUGCGUUUGAUCAACUAAGGCAUUUAGAGACGGUUAAGGAAAAAUACAGUGCUGCUUCUCCGAG